AUGCCCAAAGUGGAUGUGAUCUAUCCGAAGGUUCACUUCAGGCACGACCCAAGGUGGUCUGCAAUUACCGGGCCUACAGCCGAAGAUGUCGUGCUGUGUGUCGCUUGUGUUAUCGAGAUGAUGGAGAGUGAAGAGGUGUCGUGUGUCCGAAAAUCUGUGGCUCUGAGUGGAGUUGGUCAAAUCCUGAGACGCUGCCCGGGGGCCAUCAAAGCUUUGCUCAUGCAGGAUCCAAGAGUCUGCCUUCAUCUCGUUGCCUCUUUACUGGGGAUGCUGCAGUCUGUUGAAGACUCAGCCACUCUGGAACAGGUUAUACAAGUUCUCGUUCAGCUGUUGCUGGAGUUGCAGAGUGAUCGGUUUGUGCAGGACAUCCUAAAUGACAUCCACACAAAGCUGAGCAGGCAGGCGAGUGUGAAGGGCUUCCUUCCUGUCUUCACCUUCCUGGGGAAGCUGGUGGACUCACUACCCACCCUGGCCCAGACCCUGGCCUGUCAGCAUGUGUCUCUGCUGGAGUGGCUAAGUGUGGGUUUGCAGUAUCCUGACGAGGUGCUGAAGGCGUCGGUGUGCUACGUGCUGAGCCGGGUGUGGGAGGCGCCCGCCGCGGUCCAGUCCCUGCCCACGCCCCUGAGGGACGCCAUGGCCCGCGCCGUGCUGCACACCCUGCACCAGGCCUCCACGCCGGAGCUCACCAUCAACUGCCUGGGCCUCCUGAAGCAGAUGCUGCAGCUGGGUGAGGUGGUGUCGGUGCUGAUGAGCUGCAGGGCUGAGCUGGUCUCCGACGACAACGGCAGCCCAGACACACUCAACACACACAGCUGCUCUCUACCGCUCAUACUCAAGAAGCUGCUGCUGGGGGGCGAUGAGAUGCUGCAGGUGGCCAGUGCUCACUGCAUGGCCGCGGUGCUGGUCCACUCCCCCACACAGUACGCCACACAGUUCAUACAGGCAGACCUGCCCGAGUUCCUGUUUGAGCGUCUGAGCAGCAGUAGUGAGGCUCUUCUGUGGUCGACUUACGGCUGCCUGCUCUUACUGGCUGAAGAGCCCCUCUUCUUCUCCCAGUGUCAUACAGUCUACGGUAUUGAGUCUUUGGUGCGCAGCUUGAAGGAUGUGCUGAAGCUGACCAACUUGGAGGUGCAGAAGCAAGGCCUACAGCUCCUCACUGUCAUCCUCGACAGGCAGCCUGCGGCGGUGCGCCUGUUCCCCAGUGGUGCUGGUUUUGUGGGCGUGUCUGAGGUGAUCCUGGGGGCCGUCUCCUCCCCGUGCCUACGGGUGGCCACUCAUGCUGCACGCGCCGCCACUGCCCUCCUCAGGCUUCACCACCAGUCCAGCCCUGUGCAGUAUAAGGAGCUGAAGAAGAUUGUGGAGGCGCUCAUGACCAGAUGCACUGAGCUGCCUGUACCCAUCACCACGCGCCAGAGGCACAGAGGAGGCUUGUCCGGUCCGGAGCCCCUGAACCAGGCCUCCAGGGCGGGCAGCUUCCUCCUGCACUCCCUGCUCUGCUUCCAGCAAGCCUGCAGGCUUGCAGAGCAGUGUGUGUCGGAGCCCAGUCUGCAGGAGAACGUCUUCACGGCGCCCCACAGGCAGGAGAGGGAGAAGGGGAGGGACUCGGCCUCAGUGGAGGCCCUCUGCCUCAGCCUGCUGCGCUGCUGUGAUACCGUACUCAUACCCACCGUCACCAGGCUGUGUGAGGUGUCCCCCAGUGGCCAGGUGCUGCAGCAUUUCUUCUCCAUCCUCAGCUACCAGUUCACGCUGCUGCCAUCUCUCAUGCCCCUCUUCUCACUGCACCUGGCUUCGGCUGGUUUCAUCAGGCUGGGUCUGGAGUACAAGGCAGUGUUGUGCUCAGGAAACAGGAAUUCAGAUCUGAAUGCCGCCUGCUGUGACUUCCUCCUCAAACUCACUAGAUGCCUCCUCUCACAGCCAGCCAGCUCUCAGCAAGACGAGGUAGAGGAGUGUGUGAGUGUGCUGGAGUCCUGUCUGCCGCUGCUGUGUAGGCGUGUGUCUGAGUGGCCCUCUCUGCUGACGGAGCAUGUAGGGGGCGGGGCCCCCAGAGCCACCCAGCACUGUCUCAUCAUCAUACUGCACCUCACACAGCUGCACGGGGACAGACUGCUGCCUGAGCCGGUGGUGUUCUCGUGUGUGGUGUCGGUGCUGUGCUCCAUGGCCCAGGAGCAGGGUGAGUGCCCCGCCCCUCCCCCCGCCUGCGUCCUGCGCUCCGCACUUUACCUCCUCGCCGUACACCAGGACAAGAGCCCAGAGCUGGAGCCGUCUUCUGUGAGCUGCAUCAGUAAGGCCCUCCGCUGGCGUCCGUUCUCGUCUCUGUAUACUCACCACCCGGCGCUGCUCCACUUCCUCUUCCGUUACACCGAGCUCUCCGACGCCUGCGGCCCGCUGCUGCUCACCCUCUGGCUGUCCCAUGAGCCUCAGCGGGGGGGCCGGGGCCGAGCCGAGGCCCAAUCCGAGCCAGUGACGGCUGCUGUCAACCCCUCCUCCAAGCCCUCGUCCUCUUCAUCAUCCUCCUUGUCAUCCUCGUCCUCUUCCUCGGCUCUGCAGGCUGUGCUGGAGAAGAGUCCUGCGGUGGCCCUCACGCUGCUGAGGCUGGUGGUGGGCAGUGAUGAGGGUCUGGGUGAGCGUGCGCUAGGGGAGCUGCGUAGCUACCUGGAGGUCAAAGGUCGCGGUGACGGUGCGUUGGCGGAGCUCCUGAGGCCCGUCCUUCUGCAGCUGCUCCAGAGGCUUGCCUGCCACGGCAACCAGGCUGGCAACCAGGGCCCCGGAAACGCAGCUCCAUCCCCUCUUCCUCUGGUGCUGCAGUUGUUGUGUCUGACUCUGGCCGCUUCCUCGGCAGACAGAGAGAUGGACGGCACCGAGUUCAAGCUGCUCCACCACGUGAGCAAUUUGGCAGGGAAGCUCAAAGCGAGCAGCAGUGAAUCUCUCCUACCUGCUCUUAACUACCUGUACUGCUGCCUUGCUCUCUCCCCUCCUAGCUGUGGUGACAGAGCUGUGUCCAUCCUGCUGUGUAAUACUGGGCUGAUGGACCAGAUUGACACACUGUUGGACUACUCAUCAUCAUCAUCCUCGUCUUCAUCCUCUUCCUCCUCCUCUUCCUCCUCCUCUUCCUCCACUCUGCUCAGCUGUGCCCGUCUGCUACUCUCCUCCCUUAUCACCCUCCAGCACAAAUACUCUGCUCAGGUGUCUAGGUGUGUGCGUGUGGAUGUGGGCCACAUGGUGCAGCAGCUGUACUGUGGGAAGAGGCACAUGGACAGCCUCUCACAAGCCUCGGUGUUGCGGUUGCUGCAGGUGCUGCUGGAUGUGGAGUUGGCGUCUCCCCUGCUGCAUGUGGAGGAGAGCUGCCCCUUUGGAGCCCGCCAGCGCCCCCUGCAGCCAGUGGACGGCGCCCUGCACCCGCUGGCCUCGCGCAACGCACACGCCCUGGUGGCCGCCCUGCACGGACUCUUGCUACAGAAGGAGGAGGGGCUGCUCAGUGUGUCUGUGAACUGUCUGAGGUCACUAAUGGGAUUCCUGCAGAAGCGAUGCCCCAGCAUAGCGCUGCAUGUGUCCUCUCAGCCCUGGAGUCGCUUCCUGCUCUACUCGCUGCUCAGCUCAGGGGACAGCCUGCUGCUACACCCAGCCACACUCACCCUGCUCACACUGCUGCUGCAGACUGGCAGUGGGGUGGUGCAGUGGGAUCCGGAGCUGGAGCAGGUGCUGAGUGCGGCGGAGAAGAGAGGAGCGGACCAGCUGACACCCAGCACCGUACACACACUACACCAACUACUCACACAGGUGCAGCAGGCUGCUUGUCUGAAGGCCUCGUCUGAGCAGCACACCCACAGGGUAGCUUCCCUACUGGAGACCCUGGCUCAUCUUCCCACCCAUGACACGCGGCCGCCCAACACCGUCCUUCGUCAGGGAGACCUGUCCUACUGCUCAUCCGAUUUCUCACUCAACACAGGAUACAGCAGUCACUAAAUGGAUCAAUUGGCCUUUUCGAUUUAGGCUUCUUCGCCGUGUUUAUUUAUUUAUUCAUGAAGCCAGGGAUAGAUUUGAUAGCCUUUAAAAAAAAAAAAAAAAUUUAAGAAAUGUUUAUGAAUUCUAAUAAACCAUCUAACAAUGUUUACCCACUGUGUUGCAUAAAUAGGAGAGACAGUCAAGUUAAAUAUAUUUUUCUGCCAUUUUACUUUUAUAUUAAAUCUUACUGUUUAAAAAG